AUUAGAUCCCACAAAAAUGCAUAAAAGUCGUUCAAGAGUAAAUGUUUCUACAUUUGGCAAACGUGCUCUUUUGGCUGCAUCGGCUACAAUAACACCAGUUUCAUAUAUGCGAAUAAAAUUUUUCCAAUAUAAUUCCGAUGCAUCCCCAAGAUUAUCAUUAGGUAAGAACAUAGAACGUGAUUUAAUGGUAAAUUUGAACUGUCCAAUACGUUUAUUAAUGGAAUAUGUUCGGGUUAAAGCAAAUAUUCCAGUAGAAAUUGAUUUUGAUUUAUUUGAUGAAAUGGGUAAUUUAAAACAUACAUUUGAUGCACCUGUGCAAAAGAUGGCGAGCAAAAUACUUUUUCCGAAAGCUAUAUAUUUUAUUGUAAUACUUCCAAAAAACGAAAUAGGCAUUGUAUUAAAACCAACAAUUUUAAUAAAUCGUGGUUCACGUCUUAACGCAGAUUAUGUUACACGUAUUCGUCGUCAAUUACAACAUUCAGGUAGAAAAACCGCUAAGUAG